AUGGCUUCUCGGCCUUUUUCUUCAAUCAAACUGGAACUCACGGAUCAGCAGUAUCUUAUGAGGCUUGACACGAAAUUUUGCCAAGUUCUCACUCUCGCACUCGUUCGAUUUUCGUGUUCUGUGAAAUUCCAAUUGUUUUACCACUCAAUAUUGGCUGUUUUCAAGGCUGCUGGUCCUGUUCAAGGACCCACUCCUCUCUCCGUGGAACCGUGCAGUAAUUACAAGUCAGGAAUUUUCACGUUAGCAGUUCGUUUGCCAACUGGAGGCCGUACGACCACGCCUAAUGGCACAUCAGGGCUUGCAGUGGCUUCAGCGUUGUGUCUGCUGACAUCUGCUCAAUUGGGUGUGUUGCAAGCCCCACCGGAUAACUCAGAAAGUCGAAACAAUCGUAAGACAACACUUUUUAGGUAUAUUCCUUUCCUCCGUACACGAGGAAAUCACUCCACUUAG